CGCUAGCGUCGGGCUGUUCUGACGUCGAGUCUCGAAGCGUCUCGAAUCGAUCGAUGGAUCGAUCGCGCUAUCGCGUCCCUCCUCCUGCCGCCCGAUACUUCGAGAAGUCGACCGAUCGUGUUCAGUCUAUCGUUGAUCGUUGAUCGAUUAGUUCUGAUCGUUUUCCCGGUUCGUGUGGCGGAACAGAGGAUUGUCGUCGGUGAUAGAGAGAAUCCGGGUGAAAGUUUUUCAUCAAAACAUAGUUUCGUCCUCUCUCUCGUGCGUGGUCAUGCUCUUGCUAACCGUAGCGAGUUGUAUGGUGCAGGUGAACCGCAUGCGUGAUAGGAUCCGCGCAUCCGUUCGAUUCCGUGGCUCUUAAGAGGUUAUACACACGUCUUACGGGAUUUUUGAGAUUCUACCUAUUGGGAAGGAGGCUGAGAAAGAGGAACAACAGGAAGGCUCCCCUGUGGCGGAACCCUGGAUGAAAUCGCGUGGAAAACGAUGUCGUCGAGCGGUGAAUUUUCGACGCUGUCGAGCGGCGAGGCGACCGGAACCGGAGACGACUCGUUGCCCAGCUCUCGGGAGGCGACCGCGGAGGCUGCGGGCUCGGGCGCCGGUUUCAUGCCGCUGCGCGAGUUCCUCGACAGAUUCUCGUUACCUAGGGUGGUGAGGGUGGAGGGUGCCGGUGGAAGGCCGAUAUUGUUGUACAAACAACAGCAGAGAUCGCUGAGAGUCACGGCUACGCUGCUCAUGCAUCGCUACCGGCACGACGUGAAGGUUGGACCCGAGAUUGUGAUUCCAGAGGGAUAUCCUGGCUGGUUCUCCGUUGUCUCGAACAACAGUGGUACCGGAAGUGCCAGGGUGUAUCGAAGAGUGGGUGCCUUGGUUCGAGCUGGCGUCCCUGCAUUUCUCCUUGCCAAACCUCUGAGAGCCUACACUCUGACGCACUCCAAAAUGGAGAACGGCAACCUGAGGGCCCACUACACGAAAACGACGGUGAGGGCGGGGGAGGUGCUCCGACUGGCCGCAGUGUUCCAGGACACGCGGAGGGCGCCCGUGGCGAGCGGCGUUUCCGGGGUGGUGAGCGGCGCGCCGGAGGGCAAGAGUUCGAGGUCGUCGGAACGAGACCAGUACGCCCAGUGCUUGGACUCCCACGGCCACGAACUGUUCGCGCCCCUUUCCGCGCGAGGGGAGUUCUACGCGACCUGCCAGAGCGGCAGCCUCGACACCGGAAGCGACGCAGUCCUCUACAGGGUUCACCAGCUCGCCAGAAGGGACCUUCCUCUAAGGGUACGACUGGUCGCCGGACCCUUGCCGAUACCGUUGCCCCGAGAUUACAGCGGGCUGAUGCAACUGGAAGGCGCGACCAGGGGCCCCAUAGUGUUGGGAUGCGCGGUGCCCUUGAUGCCUGAGAGGCCCCUGCCCAACUCCACCGUGCCCGAACUCCUCGAGCUGGUCGCGACCGGACCGACCGCGCCACGAGUGAAGAGGGCCAGGCUUGGCUGCCCGUCCGAGGCUCGCCUCCUCGCCUCGCCCAAGAUGCAGCGAUUACUCUCAGCUUGCAGGAGGGCGUUGGACCAGAGGGCGACGGAGCCGCGGGUCGCUCCGCCGAAGCCGGCCUCCACGAGCGGCGGCCAGUUGAAGGAGCUGCACCUGAAGGAGAUCAAGUCGAAGCCGGAAGCGAAGCCGAUCCUCCAGAGUCUGAAGGAGGGGUUGGAGCACAUUAAACGGACGACGAUCAGGGAUCGGAGCAACGGGCGGACGUCGGCGGCGGGCGGCGGCGGCGGCAACAAUCAUCACCACGGCUUCCUCGACCGGAUCUCGAGGAUAGCCCAGGGUGGAAGGGGGGGGAGGAACCCGGCCAAGAAGUCGGCCUCGUUCACGUUCGCCGUCAGGCCUGAAAUCGGCAUGAGGUCGGAGAGAUACGCGAGCCUCGAGUCGGAGGCGAAUCUGAUCCAGGGGUCCGCACCGUCCUCCAGACACCAGGUGCAACGAUCCGUCUCGACCAGCGUGCUCGAGGUCCAGACCCAGCAGGACAUGGAUCCACCUUACUCCAAGGUCAGGGACAGCUUGACCCCCCUGCCGUCCACUCCGCCGUCCUCAAAGACCGAGGAGAUAUACGCGGAGAUCUGCGAGACUCCCGCUCUCCUGCCAUCCCCGGAGGAGAAGCCUCCUCCUCCGCCUCCCCCACCAGAGGGCAGAAAUGGGACAAGGGAGAAGGACAGGGGUUACGUGAAGCUGGCUUUGUCCCAAUCCGAGAUAUCGAACGUCGGCGAGGAGGAGGAAGGGAUUUACAACACCGUCUGUUGAUGUUGGGGAUGAAACCAGAGGAAUUUGUGAAUUACUUUUUGUCGAAUGAAUCUUGGAGGAGGAGGGGGAUGUUUGAGGAGGAUUAAAGGAUCGAGGGAAUAAGGGAGAGGGUGGAAAGUUUCGAAAGGAGAGAAAAAUUGGCGUUGGUUUACGAUAAUUAUUCGCCGAGGAUAAUAAAAAUGCAUUUGAAUAAAAUUAAAAAGGAAGAAGAGGGGGGGCAGUCGAGGGAAGGAACCAGUUCUUCUCGAGAAGAGGAACGUUUUAAAACUUUCCAACGUGUAUAAACUAAAUCAUCCUUGUACAGCUCGUAAACAUCAACCACAUUGAAAAUGCUCUCGAGUUUUAUCCCGCCCGAGGGCAGAAAAAGGGAUCGAGAUCUUGAAUCGCUCUCGACACGUUUCUCAACAACGUUUUUUUUAAAAGGCAGUUUCCAUCCGCAGCUUCGAUAAAAUUCCCUUCCCCCAACCCGAUCGAUUCCAGCAAGUGACACUCUAAUUUUAUCGAGCAAGCUUGGAUCGUAACAGGAUCGGCGACAGACUCGUUAACAAGACGAGUAAACAUCGGAGAGGGAGGGUCUUUGGAACGGUUAGAAUUUCGUUUGUACGAACUUGUAGGAGUACAAUUUUCCAUCAUCCCUUGUUUUAUCGUUAAACAGACGAAAAAGGAAAUAUACGUGUCCUCCCUCUUUUCUAUCCACAGUUACAAUAGCUUUUUAUGUUCCAUAGAAAUACAUUUCUCAAAAUUUCCAACUCUUCUUAUUCGAUCAAUCCAAUUAUUAGACCGAGGAUAUUUAUACAAAAUAAAAAAUAUAUAUAUAUAUAUAAAAUUCAUUCUUCAAUUAUCUUAAUGACAUCACAACGUGCCUCGAAUAUUUAUACAUCACACGCAUACGUAAACAUCCUCCAGUCUACUAAUUAUCAAGCGUGUAUGAACCUGCUUGUCCUCUUCUACAUCGUAUAAACAUAGUUCUAUCGUGGUUCAUUGAUAAGGGACAACGUGUGACUUCCUAGAAUCGAGAUGGACAGAGAGGGGAACAAGCGUCGAGGAAGAAUUUACAGCGUCAUUUGCCGAAGGAAUUAUCCUCCCAGCGUCUUUUUCUACCCUUUUUCCGAGAGAGAGGGAGGGAGAGAGGGAGGGAGAGAGGGAACGGCCGCGUCCUCCACGGGGAACCGGACCGGAAGAUUUACAAGGCUGUUGACCGGUGAAAAUGAUCGCGUAAUUGCGGUCCUGGCCGCUCGCGGCGGAUGUAGCGGGCCCUCGGCGGGACGCCAACCCCGACUUCCGGUUGCAUUAAAGGAUUCUUCAGGACGAUCGAUUGUUAUUAGGCUACGAUCCUAAGUAUAUUCGAGGACGUGACGAAGGAUCCGAUUCCUCGUUUGUGAUUUAUGGAUUGAUAUACGUCGAGCUAAGUGGAUCGAAGAGUGUUCGUGACCUGAGUUAAAUCAAUUUGUUAAUUUUCAAAGUGUGAUUCCAUGAUUGAUUGGACGAUCCAAGUGAAUUUGGAAUUUUUUUUUUAAAAUCUAGACCUAAAAUUUAGAAAAAAAAAUCGUUGUGUUGAUCCGUGUUUGAUAAUGUGUAAGAAUUUCUACUUUUGUGAUCUAUGGAUCGUAUAUUUUUUUUUGGAAGAGAAUGGAAUAAAAAAUUGUAUAAAGAAAGAAAUAGUUCCUUCUUGCCUGGUUGUGUGCAAGGGACACGUUUUUUUUAGCAAUGAUUAUAAUUUAGUUUGAAGCGGAUAUUGUUUUCGAUAAAGACAUUUUUUUUGUACAGUUGUUGGCAAACGUUCUAGCGUUUAAGAUGGUUGGAUUGCGACGAUCAGCGUUUUGUACAUUUGUUGAUACUGGUUGUGAACACCCACGAGAAACACGAUUUGUAAUUUUCUUAUUGUAUAGUUAUUAUUUUAUAAUACACUGAUUUGCAGUUAAA